CAUUUUCCAUAUCCAAAAUCUCAUUUUAUCCACACAGAAUCAACCUGAAAUCAUCCAUGGCUUCUGCGUCAAUUCCUUUCUCUUCUCAAUUUUCCGGCGCCGGAGUUUCCUCGGCGCGGUCGCGGCGGAGCGGUGUAUCGUUUCGUCAUCCGAUUUCCACCGUCUCCGCCUCCUGUGUUACGGCGGAGCGCACCAGCAGCGUCGCCGCCUCGCUCUACGAAGUUCUCGGGAUUCAGACGGGCGCCACGUGUCAGGAAAUCAAGGCCGCGUACAGGAGACUGGCUAGGGUUUUGCAUCCGGACGUCGCGUCUAGCUUUCGUCCGGAAUCGUCGGACGAGGACUUCAUCAGAGUGCACGCCGCGUACGCCACUCUCUCCGAUCCACAAAAGCGCGCGAAUUAUGACCGGACUCUGUUCCGGCCGGGGCAGGGCAGGCCGCCGGUUGAAUUUUCCGGUGUUAACAGUCGCCGGAACUGGGAAACUGAUCAAUGCUGGUAGCUGAAGGGAGUGAUAAUCACAUUUUUAGGCUUAAUUCUUUGAUUUUAUGAGCAGAUUGCCUUUAAUCUGAAUCCUAACAGUGCGGAUCUCGCUAUAACUUCAUCUAUAAUUUUGUUUUGACGACAAGAUUGAAACUCAAAAAUUUUGCUGUAAAUCCUAAGUUUACACGAGUUUAAGUGCAAAAGAUAUGCUUCAACAAAUUGUUUAUCGA